AUGGAUUUAAGGGUAGGUAAGAAAUACCGUAUCGGACGUAAAAUUGGUUCAGGAUCUUUUGGUGAUAUCUACCUAGGUACUAAUAUUAUCUCUGGAGAGGAGGUUGCUAUUAAGUUAGAAAAUACUAAGGCAAAGCAUCCUCAGUUGGAGUAUGAAGCAAAAGUUUAUAAAGCUUUGAGUGGUGGCGUUGGAAUUCCAUUUGUGAGAUGGUACGGUACAGAGUGCGAUUAUAAUGCGAUGGUUAUAGACCUUUUAGGACCCUCAUUAGAAGAUUUGUUCAACUAUUGUAAUCGUAAGUUUACUUAUAAAACUGUUUUAUUGUUGGCAGAUCAAUUGAUUUGUCGUAUUGAAUAUAUUCAUGCAAGAUGUUUCAUUCAUAGAGACAUUAAACCUGACAACUUUCUAAUGGGUAUUGGUAGGAGAGGCUCUCAAGUUAAUGUUAUUGAUUUUGGAUUGGCUAAAAAGUAUAGGGAUCCAAGAACUCAUUUACAUAUACCGUAUAGAGAAAAUAAGAAUUUGACUGGUACUGCGAGAUAUGCAUCUGUUAAUACUCAUUUGGGAAUAGAACAGUCAAGGAGAGAUGAUUUAGAAAGCUUGGGUUACGUUUUGAUUUACUUUUGCAGGGGCUCUUUACCGUGGCAAGGUUUGAAGGCAGCAACCAAAAGACAAAAGUACGAUAGGAUUAUGGAAAAAAAGAUGACGACACCAAAUGAUAUCUUGACAAAAGGUCUCCCGAAAGAAUUUUUGGAUUACAUGAACUACAUCAAAACCUUGCGGUUUGAUGACAAGCCGGAUUACCCGUAUUUAAGAAAAAUAUUUAGAGAUCUAUUCAAGAGAGAAAAUUAUAGGUAUGAUUAUGUAUUCGAUUGGACUUUGUACAAGUUCCAACAGGAGAAACAGAGAGAACAAGGAAAGGUGAUCGAAGAUCAACAACCACAACAACUACAACAGCAACAACAAGAACAGGAACAGCAACAAAAGCAACAGCAACAGCAACAGCAACAGCAACAACAACAACAACAACAACAACAACCUUUACAGGCAGCUGCACCACAACCACCAAAUCAAAAUUUCACUAAUUCAGGUCAAGACAAUGUUGACCAACGCCAAUUAAACCAGCUACAAUUUUCUUCACAACAUAUGCAACAGCCAUUGGUUCAGAAGCCAAAAUUAAAAAUGAAUUAUCAAAAUCAAAGCAGCCCUAGCUUUCAUCUUUAUACUAGCGCCUCACAAGUUCCUUCCCAAGAUGACAAACCAAAAAUAAUUCGUCGAGAGAACGUCCAACCAUCCCCACAUAAUGGAGAUAACCCUGCGUGGAUUUAG